UAUAUGAGGAGAAGAUCCGCCGAAUUAUACCAUUGUUCAUCUGUAUCAGUAAAUCUAACUACAGAGGAGAAGAUCGAGGCAAGAAGGAAUUCCCCAAAUUGGAUUGGUCUCGCUACGAAUCAACCGAAAUUUGCAUGAGUACCGGGCUUCGUUGGUGGUCCAAAUCAUCGCCAAAUUCAACCUCCAAAAUGGCUGAGGGAAUCGCCUCAUCCACCGCCGCCGACGCCACGGCGAAGAGGCGCUCCAUCUGGCCAUCAGUUCUCCGAUGGAUCCCCACCUCGACAGAUCUCAUUAUCGCCGCCGAGAAACGCCUCCUAUCUCUAGUCAAGACUCCGUAUCAUCAAGAGCGGGUCAACAUCGGGUCGGGUCCUCCGGGUUCGAGCACCCGCUGGUUUCGCUCGGCCAGCGACGAACCAAGGUUCAUCAAUACGGUGACGUUUGAUAGCAGCGAAGGAUCGCCGACUCUGGUGAUGGUGCACGGAUACGGCGCAUCGCAGGGCUUCUUCUUCCGUAAUUUUGAUGCCCUGGCUAAGCAUUUCAAAGUCGUUGCAAUCGAUCAGCUGGGUUGGGGUGGAUCGAGUAGGCCCGAUUUCACAUGUAAAAGCACUGAAGAAACGGAGGCAUGGUUCAUUGAUUCCUUUGAGGAAUGGCGUAAGGCAAAAAAUCUUAGCAACUUCAUUCUACUUGGGCAUUCAUUUGGGGGAUAUGUUGCUGCAAAAUAUGCACUCAAGCAUCCCGAGCACGUUCAGCACUUGAUUUUAGUAGGGCCUGCUGGAUUUUCAUCUGAAUCAGACAUGUCCGAGCGACUAACUCAAUUUAGGGCGACAUGGAAAGGGGCUAUUGUGAAUCAUCUAUGGGAGUCUAAUUUUACUCCCCAGAAGAUAAUACGGGGUUUAGGUCCUUGGGGUCCAGAUAUAGUUCGUAAAUAUACAAGUGCUAGAUUUGGUUCGUAUUCAGAGGGAGCCUUAUUGACUGAUGAAGAAUCUAGAUUACUUACAGAUUAUGCAUAUCAUACGGUUGCAGCUAAGGCAAGCGGCGAGCUGUGCCUAAAAUAUAUAUUUGCCUUUGGAGCCUUUGCUCGGAUGCCUCUUUUAAACUGUGCCCCGGAAUGGAAGGUUCCCACCACAUUCGUAUACGGCUUCAAUGAUUGGAUGAGUUACCAAGGAGCACAAGCAGCUCGUAAACAUAUGAAGGUUCCUUGCGAAAUUAUAAGGGUCCCUCGGGGCGGGCAUUUCGUGUUCAUAGACAACCCAACUGCUUUCCAUUCAGCAAUAAUCUAUGCGUGCCGCAAGUAUUUAUCGUCGUCGUCGGAUCCUAAGAUUAACAUUCUUCCAGAAGGGCUUGAAUCUGUAUGAAGGGCUUUUAUCUAUUUGUAAUUCAUCUAGCAUAGCUCUCUUUGUAUCAGUAACACAGUAAAAUUUCUUGAUCCAUUAUUUGGUAGAUGAAUUUGAUGACACUACUUUGGACUCAUCAUAAAUAUCAAUCUGAACUGAAUUGACAAUACAAUGAAAAAAUUUCUUCUUCUUAUUAUUA